UUAAAAAUGGCGGCCGUGCAGUUCGUGCCGGUCAAUUGUUUUCGUUUAUAUAAAUAAUUGAAAACUAUUUUUUAAUCAAAAUAUUAUUAAACAAUUUUCAAUUUAAAGUGAAAAGUAAUAAUUUAAAAUUGAUUUUAUUAUUUUCAUAUUACAAAAUAGUAUUAUAAAUAUAUAUAUAUAUCUAUAAUUUUGCUUCGACAGUGAUUAAAAUUUCAAUAUUUUUAUAUAUUGCAUGUGUAAAAAGCAUCUUUAUAAACAUUUUUUUUUUUACUUAUUCACAUCAUCACAGAAGAAACACGGAAGAUUAUUCUAUUUGAAUUUUAAAGGUGGAAUCGAAGUGCGGACAACGAAAAUGUGUUUUUUAUAGAAAACUAAAUCGUAAUAAAUAAAAUACAAGAACAUAGUUCAACAAAAGGCGAUAAAAGAGCCUCACAGAGUACAAUAUAUUGCUGAUUGAAUUUUAAGAGAUCAAGUGUGAAAAAGAAAAAAAAGGGGAGAUUUGGAUUGACAUGUCAAUGCUAGGAAAAUUGUGGUGACCUAGCAUCCUCCAUUUAUUGGACGACCUUCGAUGCUUAAGCUACGCUUGGUGACAACUCACUUUUUAAAACAGCCAUAGGCAGUGCCCUGAGCCUGGCAAAAGGGGCCAAUAAAUAUAAUGUGCCGCGAUUGGGACAUGAACCCAAAAAAAAUUGCUUAUCAAACAUUUCAAUUGUUGUAAUAAUUGUCAUCUUGGUAAAACGAUUAAAAAAAAAAAAAAAACCUACUACAACAACCAAGAAACAGUUCCUGUAUAAUCAGGAACAAAAACGUUUAUAAUCACGUCUAAGUACGGGCAACUCCUCAUUAAAUUUCACAAUUUUCAUCUACCGCGAAUUAAAAAAAAGAAAAAAAACUUUACAUUUCAAUAGAAUUCAAAAACAAAUAAGAAAAUUUUGCACAUUUUUUGUAUAAAAAAAAAAAAAAAUUGUCACUCAUGAUUAUACACUGAAAAGAAAAAAAAUUGAAAGAGAAGAUUUUUUUUCGAAAGAUUUAAAAAGAACUUUUUGGAAAGAAGUUUGCUGUUUUUGUUGAGACGGAUUUUGUUUUUGUGUUUUUGAACGAGGAGAGACAGAGAGAAAAAGGAGAUUAAAAAACGAAAAAAAAAAAUAAAAAUAAUAAAGCGACACUUGGGAAGGAGUCAGCUUUCAGGCUGAGCGCUUACGCCAACCUGUGGAGGGUAGCGAGAGAGUGUAUUUGCGGCAGUGGGUCGCGGUGCCGAAAAAGUGGGAUGAGACGACCUCAGCAAGAGUCUGAACAACAUAAUAAUCAUGGAACAACAACAGCAACAACAACAACGAAUCAGAUGCACGAAAAGGACGAAUCACGUUUGACAAGAGUGAAACGCGCCCUAACUGGUUCACUAUUGGGUCGUGGAUCAUCAUCGGGAUCAUCGAAACGUAUUUUUGGCGUACCAUUGGAGUCGUGUGACACAUAUUUAGAUAGUGGCGUACCAUUUGUUGUCUAUCGUCUUUGUACAUACAUCGAAAAUUAUGGCUUUCAUUGUCCAGGUGUAUUUCGUCUCUCAGGUGGUAAUCCACGUUUAGCCGAACGUUUAAGACAAAGAUUUGAACAUCGUGGCGAUGCCGAUCUUGAAAGUGCCGCCUGUCCAUCGACAGCGGCAACAAUUCUUCGUCAAUAUCUCAAGGAAUUACCAAGUCCACUUGUCACGACGUCACUGGUUGAUAGACUCCUGCAAGUUUAUAAACAAUGUUAUGCGGCUGAUCGUGAGUCUUGGAUUAAGGGAACGAAAGAAUUGGUUUCGACGCUGCCGCCAAAUAAUUAUCGAUUACUCGGCUUUUUGGCUCAUUAUUUCGAUAAAUAUGAAAGUCUACACGAACGAAAUGCAGGAAUUUCUUUGGUUUUUGCACCUGUGAUUUUGCCCCACGUACCACCGGCGACGAAUCUACUUAAUGACAUUAUACGCGAUGCUGAGAUUCUCUUUUCUGAUUGCACAAGAAUCAGUGGCCUAUUUGAUUGUAAAGUCUGUAAGGAUUUAAAGAACGAACAGGAAGAAGAAUCCUUUGAGGAUUCAUCUCCCGAUUGUGCACCAAAACCAGCGAAAAGAAAAGAUCGUCGUCAAUCUUGUUGUUUGGAAAGAAAACUUAUAAGAAGUAACAGCGAGGAGAGAAUUUUGGAAAAUACAAAAAGCCAAGCCGACAUUCGUAGGGUCAGUAGCCACGAGGAUUUUAAUAGUUCAAAGCAUCUUCAUAUUUUGUCGUCCCAAUUGCCAUCUGAAAUGGGUCACGGAAUGAGAUGCGGAGGAUUGCCUCUUUAUGAGAGGACAAAUGUUUCGCCAACAUCCGCAAAAUCAUCGCCAAUAUCAACGCCUUGCGAUGUUGUCCUAGCUGCUGAAAGAUUUGAAUGUGACGCUGAACGUUUGCGAAGUAGCGAGAGAUUUAGUCGCAGUGUUACACCGCGAGGACGAAGACAAAUUCGCCGACGACGAGUUCACAAAAGUUCCGAUUUUAAUCAAGAAGCCAGUAAGGAAAAUGAGGAGAAUACGGAAAAUUAUCAAGGACCAAAAAGUCCAAGUAUACAUUCGUCGGGUCCAAGUUUUUUGGAAAUGUUGAGCGGUGGUCCAAGUAGAUCUCCAUCGCCAGCACGUCCACCAAUUGUUGAUCACGAGGACUCAAAUAAUCCAACUCUGACAAAUUGGGGUUUUCAACAUCAUACCGGAAAUGAAGAUGAAACAAAUGCAAGAGUUGAGGCAAUGUUAUCGCCAAGAAAUUCACUAUUAAUACCACGUCGUUUUUAUUCCGAAGAUGAUGAUCAAAAUGACGAUACACCAAAUGCAAAUGAUAUAAGUUUAAAAAAUUUAACAAAACAUAUAUCAAGUUUAAAGAAAAAAAUCAAACGCUACGAGGAUGAAUUUGAAUUAAAUUUUGGUUAUCGUCCAAGUAAUUCUGAUAAAAUGAAUAAUCGUGAUGUUAAAAAAUUAUGCAGCGAAUUAAAUAAAUUACGUAAAGAACAUAAAUUAUUGAAAAAUGAUAUUGUUGGUUUAUUAACAUUGCGCGAUAAUGAUAAUAAAUUAAAUGAAAAUCCAACGAAUAAUAAUAAUACAACAACAACUGCAACAACAAUAACAACAACAACAACAACAACAACAAAUAGUCAACAAGAUAAUAAAUCAAGAAAAACAAAUAUGGAAGAAUAUGUUAAGGAUAUUGAAAGGAAAUUAAAUGAAAAAAGAAUAAAAUAUAAACGUGAUGAAAAUAUGGAGGAUUUAAGUUAUGAACAAUUGAUGGAUGAAAAAAUUGCCGUACAAAAAGCAUUAUUACAUAUUGAAAAUGUAUUUGGACGCGCUGUAUCAAAGGAGGAUCGAGUUAUUGUUCGGCCAUUGUAUGAUAAAUAUCGAACGCUAAAGAGGCAUUUGAUUCGUGCUGGCGCGAAUAAAAACAAAGACAGUAUGUCGGAAUUGGCGACAAUUUUAGAGCACGAGGCAAUGGAUUUUACGUCAUCAUUUUUGCCAGGAAAUCCAGCCGACGGUGAAAGAAGAGCAAGUGAACCGGAUAUGUCACAUCGUGGAAUUUUAGAUUGUAUUGAAACGGAUCAAUUACCAACUGAUAGCGAUAGUCAACACAGCAGCAGCGAAGGAAGUCGAGGUGCUGGAGAAAGUCUUCAUUCAUUGCCACAAGAUGAAUUACUGGCACAACAACGAGCAACGAGAGAAGAAAAAAAACGUCUACGACGAGCACUCAAAGAAUUAGAGGUACAAUUUGAAGUGAGAGCCGGACGACGAAUGCAAAGAGAAGAUCGUGGACCUCAAGUACUUAUGAUUUAUGAGACAUAUAAACAAACAAAAGCUAAAUUACGUUUAAUUGAUGCUCUAGUGGCAAAGAAAGCUUGAUGGAGUCUUUAAGAAAAAAAAAAAAAAAAAAAAAAAAAAAAAAAAAAAAACAAAAAAAGUUCGGCUAACAAUGACAAUUUCAAGAAAAAAAAAAAAAAAUAGAAUUUUCCCGCUUGACUUGUCAUUUCUUUUUUCAUAAUAAUAUUUAAUAAUAAUAACAACUAAUUAAUAAUAAACUAAUAAUAAAAAAAAAAUUAUUAUAAUAAUAAUAACAAUGAAAAAGUUUUUUUUUUGGCAAAAUUUUUCCCAAAUAUGGGAAUUAUUAUCUUUUUUUUUAAAAAAUUAUUUCUCUGAUUGUUAAUAACUUGUUGCCGUGAUAUUUCAAAAAAAAAAAAAAGAAAAAAAAAUGAAAAAGAAAAUUAAAAAUAUGUAGUGAUAAAAAAUUUAUCUAGCAAGUUAAACGCAGAAAAAAAAAUUGUUAAAAAAAUUUUUUCAUCAAUUUUUCAAGUUCGAUUUAUUGUAUUAGUACUCGAUAUACGUAUUUAAUAUUAAUACAGAAAAAAAACAUUUUUUUUCGUUUGCCGGAGAAUUUUUUUAUUUCGAUUUUUUUUUGUUCUUUUUUUUUUGAAACUGACAAUUUUGUUUUUGUAUUUUGCCAAAAUGAAAAUUUUAAUUUGGUUCCAAAAAAAUUUGUAUGUAUCUUGAACAAAAAUUAUUUUCGGUUUAUACUUUUUUUUGUUUGUUUUUGAAUAAAAAUAAAUUUUUAGUUAUUUUGUUUCAAAAAAAAAAAAAAUAAAUAAUAAUUAGUAAUUUUUUUUCAAUUUUUUUUCCAAUAAAAAUAAUUAGUAAUUUUUUGUUUUUUUUUUCUAUUUUACUUUAUUUUUCUAAUUUCAGACUGAGAUUAUUUUUUUCAAUUUGGCGCUAAAUAUUUAUUUUCUUUUUGUUCAAUUGUCAGAAAAAAAGAAAGAAAAAUAUCGCGAGAGAAGAUAUAAAGAAUAAAAAUUAAAAAAAAAAAAAAAAGGGAAAUUGUAAUUUUAAGGCAAUUUUUUCACAGACAAAUUUAUUUGUGGUAUUGCAUAUUAGAACCUCCUAUAUAAGAAAAUAUCAAACGUUGGAUAAUAUUAAUAAGAUUUAUUAUUAAGUGUUACGACCAUAACAAUAAAAAAAAAAGAAAAAAAAAAAUAAUAACUGUAACAUGUUAAUAUUAAGAGACUCGUUGACUAUUUUUUUUUUUUUUAAAUUAUUUUUACCGUUAUUUACAGGAUAAAAAAGAUAUAGAAAAAUUUUCCCAAUUCGGAAAUUCGAAAUAUUUUGGAAAAAAAAAUAAUUUAAGAACACAAUUUUCUUUUUUCAAAAAAAGAAAAUAAAAUUUUUUUCAGCUAUAAAAAGUGAAUUUUUUUUUUAAAAAAAAUUUCUCACAAAAUACUUUUUUAAAAAAUUGAAAAUAUUCGUAAUCGAAAAACAUUUGAAACUUUCAAAUAUUUAGAAUAAUUUUCAAUUUUUUUUUUUUUCGUUUUCGAAUUUUAGAAAAGAAAAUACAAAAAAAAAUACCAAACGAAUUAUUUUCAAAAUAUAUCGAAAAUUCGUUAUACAUUUCCGAAUUAUUCGGGGGGGGGGGGGGGAAUUGAAAAAUAAUUUUUUUUAAAAAAUAAUUAUUGUUAUUCUAAAUAUAAUUGUUAUAAUUUUAUUUUCACAAUUUUUUUUGUUUAACGGUGCUACCUGAAUUUCUUAGGAUAAAAUAUUGAUAUAAUUAAUUAUUAUUAAUUAUUUAUUAGUAAUUAAUUAUUAAUUAUUAUUAAUUAUUUGUUAGUAAUUAAUUAUUAAUUAUUAUCAUUAUUUACUUUUUUUAAAAAAAAAAAAAGUAUUUCGAAAAUUGUGUUUUAUAAAACAGAUUUCUCUUAGAAAAAAAAAAAUUCUUUUCUUUUGUUUAAAAAUUAUUAUUAUUAUUAUUAUUAUUAUUAUUAUUUUUACCAAAAUAAGAGGCACACGUUUUUUUUUUCCUCAGUCAACAAAAAAACUAAACUCGACAAAUAUGAAAAUCAUUGAAUAAAAAUAGAAAAACAAAAGAAAAGAAAGAGAAAAUAAAAAAGAUUUAAAAAAGAAAAAAUUUUUCAGGAAAAUUAAUUAUUUGAAAAAAAAUCUUUUUAUCCACGAAAAUGAAAAUAAAAAACGAGAAACUUUGAGAAAAAAAUUUUAAAUGACGGAGGGAAAAUAAAAAUCAACAAGUUUUUUGUAGACCAAAGCAUUUUUUAGUCUGUGAUAUAAAAUGUGGGAGUUAAAAAAAAAGAGAGAAAUAGAGAGAGAAAGAGAGACAAGAGUGAGGAAAAAUUGUUUUUUUUUUCAUUUUUAAAAUUUCGAAAAAAGAAAUUUCAUUUUUUGCAAAUAAUUAAAUUGUUCCAUUUUGUUGACUCAAAAAAAAAAAAAAAAAAAAAUUCCCAAAAAUAAAUUAUGAAAAAAAAUAUAUUUGAUUUUUGAAAAAUGGACUUUUUUUCAUCUUCUUUUUAGAAAUUAAUUAUUAAAUAAAUAAAUUAAUUGAUUAAAAAAAUAAUUUUUUCUUUUUUGAAAAUUUCAAUUAUUAAGAAAAUAAUUUUUUCUUUUUUGAAAAUUCAAUUAUUAAAAAAAGAAUUUUUCGUUUUUUUGAAAAAUGGAUUUAUUUUAAUUUUUUUUUUUUUUUUUUUUUGAAUCAAUUAUUAAAAAAAGAAUUUUUAAUUUUUCGAAAAAUGGAACAAUUUUAAUAUUUUUUGAAAAAAAAAAAAAAAAAAAUGAAUUAUUAAAAUUAAUUUCGAGAAUAAUAAAAAAAGAAAAAAUUUUUUGUUUCUAUUGUAAGAAUAAAAUAAUUAUUUAAAAAAAUAUUAAAAAUUUUGUCCAGUUUUUUAUUUUUGCAAAUUUGAGAUAAAAUAUAGAAGAAAAAAAAACGAGAGUUAAAAAAAGAGAGAAUGCGUGUGGGAAAUUGAAAAAAAAAAAAAGAAAAAACAAAAAAUAUAUUGUCCUAGCUUUUAAGAUAUUUUAUAUUGACGUUGCUUAAGGAAUACUUUUUUAGCUCGACGAAAAAAAAAAAAUUUUAAGAGAAUGAUAAACAAAAAAAGAAAAAGAAAAUAAUGCAUCAAGUUCACGCUAUCCACUUUUUAAUGUUAUAUAUAUAUAUAUAUUAUAUUAUAUAUAUAAAUAAUAUAUGAGAAGAAUAAUAAUUCUCAAAAAAAAAAAAAAAAAAACCUUCAGUGUUCCGGAAGUGAGAAUUUUUUUCAUUAAAAUAAAAAAAACAUCCAGUUCCUUGUCCGCGGAAACAGAAAAAUAUUUUUUUAAAUUCUUUUUUUCGAAAAAAAAAAAAACAAUUCGAAAUGAAAAUUCGAUAAUUAAUAUUAAAUAAAUAAAAAAAAAUUACGUUAAAUAAUUAAAAUAAAUAAAAAAAAAUUCGAAAAAAUUGGAAUUUUCAAAAUACAAAAAAAAAAAAGAAAAAAUUAAUAAUACGAAAAAAAAAUGAAAUCGGAUCUUAAUAUAAAGAAGCCGAAGAAAAAAAAAUUAAUAUAAUGCGAAUCGGUGGAAAUUAUCGAAAAGACUGAAAAAAAGUACCUAUAAUGAAAAUUAAAAUUUAAAUUUAAAAAAAAAAAAAACCUAGAGAAGUAGGAAAAAAAUUUGAAAGAGCUCGAUAAAAUAAUUAUCUAUAAUUAUUGUAAAAUUGUAAAGAGAAAAAAAUUUGUAAAAAAGAAAAUAUUUUUUCUAAAAUUCGUCUAAUUGGAGGAAGGGUAAAAAAAAUUAUAAUCGUGGACAAGGAGCUUCAUUGCGAGAAAAAAAAAAAAAAAAAAAAAAAAAAAAAGCGAAGAAUAUAAAAAUCUGAUCCACAAUUCGUUAUUAACAUAUCUAGAGUUUAAGAAAAAUAAUAAUAAAAAAAAAAAAAUUCGUGAGAUUAUUAAAAAAGAAAAUUAAAAAAAAAAAAUUAGCGAUCGUCGAUUGAAAUGUGACAAAACUUUGACAUAUAUAUAUAUAUUAUAUAGAAAUUACUUAUUAUAAAUAGUAAUAUAAAUUAUAAAUAAUUACUUAUAAUUAUCAAUAAUUAUAAAUUAUAAAUAUUUAUAAUUAUAAAUAAUUAUUUGUAAUUAUCAAUAAUUAUGAAUUAUAAAUAAUUUAUAAAUAAUAAAAAUAAUUAUAAUUACAGUAAGAAUAAUAUUAAUUAGCUAUUAACGGAUGAUUAAUUAUAAUAUAUAUAUAUAUAUAUAUAGAUUUUGCAGUAGCGCUCCUGUCCAUUAUUGAGUGUUAAUAUGCAGAUAUAUUAUAUAUAUAUAUAAAAAAAAUAUAUAUAUGUAUAUUAAAAGAAAAAGAUCUACACGUCAAAUCAAUAAUAUGAGAUGAAAAAAAGGGAAAAUAAAUAAAAAAGAAUCUCAAAAAAAAAAAAAAUAUUUCGACGUUUAUACGCAUGUUGAAUAUGUAAUAAAAAAAAUACGUUAUAUAUAUAAUAAUAAUAAUAAUAAUAAUAAUAAUAAUAAUAAUAAUAAUAAUAAUAAUUAAGUCAUGUGCCGACAUAUUUCAAAUUACAUGUACACACAUAUAAGGUAGCAAAAGUCGGAUUAAUAAAAAUUUAAACUUGAAUUCUCAUAAUGUAAUCUUUUUUUUUUUUUUUACACUGAUUCACAAAAAAAAAAAUAAUUUUUAAAUUUUGCGCGUAAAAAUUUGAAAACUAUUAAUUAUUUAAAUUAUAAAUUUAUUUAAUAAUUAAAUUAUAUUAAAUUAUAUUAUUAUUAUUUUAUAUUAUUAAUAAUAAUUAAAUCAUUAUUAUUAAUAAUUAAUUAGAAAUUUAUUUAAAUAAAUUGUUAAAAAUUAGAUUUCAAAUAUUUUUUAAAAAAAAUUUCAAUUAAAAUAAUCCACUAAUCUGAUUGGUUGUGCAAAAUCUGUCCCAAUAUUGUUGAUAUAACCAAUCAAGUUUUUGUAUUUUUUGAAAUAGAAAAAUUUGAUUGGUUGUCAAGUAUUUGUUGUCCAGACAACUGGACAACCAAUCACAGUACCAUAAAAGGGACAAACAGAUAAAGGCGAGUCUCCACAAACGAUUUUUAUUGAAAUUGACAUUUACUUGUAAUCAUACGAUUGUAAACAUUGUAAAUAAAUUGAAUUGAAAAUAUAUAAUAAUUUAAUUUAUUUACUCUGCCUGUCAAAAGCAAG